AUGUCUGGCUACGAAGUCGAACACAACAUCUCCACAGAGGACGACAAGACGCGACAACCCUCACGUCGACCAGACCUCUCGACGUUCUUUUCUCAGCUUGAACUGGUUGACACGUCGGAUCCCCACGCUCACACAAAUGCCAAUGCUCUACCGCAGCCCGAAAACAUGACGGCGGCGUUCCGCUUGCUUGCCAACGCUUUUGAGACUAUGCGCGGACGACCAGCGGACGAGAGCGACGAACAUGGGGAUCUGUUGGCAAACAUGAUUGAGGUACUCCGCGCCAAUGCCGACGAUCCGCCCACAGAGUUGAAGGGUGUGCCCAACAGCUUCUUGGAUGAACUGGAGCGGGUACCGAAGAAAGCGCUGAAGCCUUCCGAUACAUGUCCCAUCUGUGUGAACCCAUUCCUUGAGGACAAAUAUCCCCUCGUUGUCCAGCUGCCGUGCCACGAGGAUCAUCGCUUCGAUCUGGACUGCAUAGGUCCUUGGCUUAAGCUGAAUUCAACAUGCCCUCUGGAUCGCAAAGAACUUCUGAAGAAGAAGCAACCGCCACCGCCGCCUGCGGACGAUGAAGAAGAAGACUAUGAUGAUAUGUACGCCUGA